AUGAAAUUGGAGAAAAUGAAGCGCAAACUGGAGGAUGAAUUUGGUCCGGAAAUUGUUGCUCCAGGCCGUUUUGAAGAGGACGAACUAUCUUCUGCAUCGGAGGGGUCAUCUUUUGAUGAGGAGGGAGAAUCUCUUGAUGGUAACGACGGCUCUGCAUCUCGCUGCUCUUCAUUUUCUCCUCACCCCUCACUUCUUUCUUCAUUUUCUUCACUGCUCUUCAUUUUCCCUUCCCUAGUUCUGCAUCGGUCUAGCCCACCCCAUCAAUCUCAAGAGUCUGGCAACUCAUAUGACUCAAAUCUCCUCCGUCUCUUUGCCCUCACAAUCAAGCACGGCCGUGGCCACGUCAAGUUCAUCCGCUGCUCCAAGUCCAAUUGUGGCAAAUGCUACCCCAAGGCCAAGGAAUAUGACUUAUUUCUUCAAACAUUGAUGGGAGAAGAGUUUCCAGCUAUCAAAAAUCUGGUGGGCUUCUUAUUAGGAGGACCCUAGCUGUUCUUGUAACCAUGACACUGGCAACGUCCAUAGCAGCUAGAGAGGGUAUGUUGAAGGUCAUGCUCCCCUGUUCACGUUCUUUGAAAUUCUUGUAGGGUUGAAGUUUCUCAAGACGAUCAUUCAGCUCACGUUCUUGCGUGUCCCUUCUGUUUUUGUGCUUUCAUCGACUCCUAUUAAUAGGAUCAGAUCAUUUUUUAUUUUGUAUGUAUUUUUCUAUAAUAUAAUUU